AUGAUAUCUCACACAUCUACUCCAAGUACUGAUUCUUGCUCCUCGUACUACUCGUCUUCCUCAUCUCUCUCUUCACCCACAUCAUUCACAAAGUUCAGUGAGCGCCUCGACUUGGAAAGUCCAACUGCCAAUGCGUUUGAUCAACUUUCGCUCACCGACGUGAUAGAUCACCUACAAAUCAUCGAAGGCGUUCGAGUAGUUGACGGCCGGAAAUUCCUCAGUGACGAAGAAUCUAAAUACCC